CUUUAACCUUGUCUCUUUCAGAUCCAUUUAGGAUUUGAAACAGUUUGUUCAACUCCAUUAUCAAAGUGAACAUUUGCAACAAGGACAACUUUUGGCAAAAUAUCCAUGUGAUUAAAGCAUGACAGAGGUGAUGAACACACGGGAACCUGUUAUGGAAGAAUUUACAUUAAGCCAGUCCCCUGAGGAAGAAGGAGGCCCUUCUACCCAGGCUUUUCCAGACUCACGUGAGAAGUAUCCCAAGUUGUCAAAAAGACUGCCAUCCAUUGUGGUGGAACCAACUGAGUCAGGGGAAGUUGAAAGUGGGGAGCUACGCUGGCCACCUGAUGACCUGAAACCAGGGGAAGAUAAGAAUCCCCUUGCUGACCAAAGAGUCCGUGUUCAACAGCAGCAAAUGGGGCUGGAAGAUACUUUAGCACAUCCAGCUCAAGAAGCGGAAGACAAUACAGAUACCAUUGAAAACAGAACGGAAGAGGAUGACUAGGAACCGCCAGGUCUCAGAAGUGAAACUUCAUUGUGAGCAUUGUUGAAAAGCUAACACAUUCUGAAGACAUGUCAAAAUAAUCUGUAUUUAAAUCUGCAAAGGUUUUUAUUUAGUUAAUACAUGGUCAGAAAUGUAUGGGCUUUAGAACUGUUUAUAUUUCAACAUUUAAAUUUUUUCAGGCUGGGAUUCAUAUUAUUUGCUUAAUUUUCCUGAAGAACCAAUGGGAUGCAUUAAAAAAAACCACAUUUCAGUUACAAUGUGAUCACAAAGUGAAAAUGCUCUCAAUUUCAAUUAGCAUAUUUUAGUGGAUUCACAUUUUAAAGCAAGGCUGCUUUCAGGUACCAACAGCAGCACAAGGGGGUUAUCAUUCUACAGAAGGAACUUGUUAAAUCUAAAAAUCUUUCUUGUUUUUAGCCAUUUAUAACUAGCACUGUGAUAUUAUGGACAAUAGCUGUAAUAUAAUGUCACCAUUUGACUUUGUAACUUUUUGUAUAGAGACACAAGUGUAACAUUUGCAUAAAUAGUGACAUAGAAAUUCAAGAUUACCUUUGUAGGUACAGAUUAGAGCAGUACUCACCCUUUGACCAAUCUGUGCAAAUUGAAGUGAACCAGCCUCUUAUUAACUGCAUUUUAAACAAGAAGUCAGAAGUUUUAGAAAUGCUUUAUUGAUGUGCAUUGAUGAACUGGAAUACUUAGUCACUGGUGUUUGUAGAGUGAGACUGUUUGUUGUAGAUUUGAUUGGGUGGAUUGUGUUGUUUGUACACACAAUUCAGGGCCUGAUUCAGCCCUGGUGUGAUGGAUUACCAUCUCCAUUGAAGCCACUAGAAACAGCCCCUGCUUCCACCAGGGCUGAAUUUGUUCCACAGUUUUCAUAAGAACUGUUGUGACUAUUAUUUUAUUAUGUCUGGUGUAUAAAAUAAGGCCCAAACUGUCCCCAGUGACCUCACUGCAAUAACAUGAGGCAGCCCCUCCUCUGCAUCCCACACAGACCUUCCUCCACAGCUCAAGGUCUGCUCUGGGGGAAGAGGGAAAAAUGGGGCAGUGUGUGGGAGGAAUGGGCAGGGUAGGGCUCAGGGAGAUGUAUUUCAUCCUCACGCCUGCCAUAUUAACACUAACUAUUAAAGAACAUAUGGCCUGGGGCUCUUAUCUCUUCUGUUGAGGCCCUGGGAGCAGGUACAGCCAGAGAGAUGUGGAUUAUGCACCUUAGAGGCCAGAGCUGGUACUGAGAACAAGAGCACCAUGGAUGACCCUAAGCUUGCCUGGAUUCUCUGUGUCUGCCGUGGUCCUUGUAGCCUUUUCCUCUGGUGGGAAAGCCCCACUCUGGGCCCUAGCCCCUGGCAGGUGAUGUUUUGGGCCGGACUGACUUCCCAUUUGCCAGAAUGUAAUGGAAUGCUGUCUGGAUUCCACCAAUCAGUAACCAUCACGGUACAGGGCGGGAGCAUCCACGGUGCAUUCCUUCUCAGGACUGGACAGGUUCUGCGCUUCUAAUCAGUGUCUCAGCUGGAACGAGCAGCUUGCUGGAAAUGGAUGGGAAUAACACCGUUCCUUCCAACAGUCACUCUAAAUUUACUUCCAGGUGCACUCUCCGUCCAGUAAUAAUUUUCCCUGAAAGAAGCUUUUCAAUGUGCAAUGAUCACUAAUAGCUACUGGCCAGAUGUAUUAAUAAGAUAAUUUUAUACAUUCUUAGCUACUAAAUUUAAUAUAUUUACUUACAAAGAAUUCUGUGCAAUGAAUGUUUAUUAAUACAUAGGAAAGAGACUAUUUUACUUCAAAGCAAGAUUAAUUUAUCUAUAAAGAUAUAGUUCAUUAUUUGGGGUGCUUGGGAUCAAUGACCCUUUUAUAAGCAGUUUAGUAUACUAUGAUGCGAUAUUUAGGUUCAGCUUUGCUCUCUGAAUCUUCAUAACAAUUUGUUUUGCCUGCCUGCCUUUGACUUCUUUGCUUAUUUCUGUCCAAUUAAUAUUCUUGUUUGAAUGAAAUCCUGGUUGAAAACUGUCCAAAAUUUGUGGGAGUAACUGCAAGUUUCAAGAGUUUCUUACAGUUCUUUCUGGUGCCUGGCUCCUGGUCUUUGUCAUCCCCUUUUGUGUGGUGGCAGAACUGUUUUUCACAAAAUUGGAAAGGCAAGAACAAACUCAAGACUCCUGCUUGAGUAACACCUUAUGUACUUAGGGACCGGCCAGCCAGCCAGGCAUUGGGACAAUGAAAACAGCACUAAGGGGAGCACAGCACUGGGCAUGGUGUAUAUCAUUUUCACCAGUACA